AUGCCCGUCACACGCAGCCUCACUCCCACCCAAGCUCAUAUGCAGGGCUCUUCCAAGAGACGGCCGGCGCCUACACCGCUCGAUCUGCGGGCAGCGCACGCCAAAAAGGUCUCAAGAGGCUUUAACAAAUAUCCAGUGCCGAACCACCCUCGCAGCUUGGUCCCAGGCAAGCAGAUCUACUGCGCUCCCACCAAGCAACCAGCAGCCACUGUUCGCAUCGUCGACGCGAUUGAUCUGAACGAGGCUAGAAGAUUGAAGAACAAGACUGUUUCUAAGAGCAGCCCUAGACAGUACGAGAGCAUGUCACCCCGCCGACAACCUCUGCGCUCCGUACGCGGUCGGCCUCGGACGCCUUUGCCCAUUGUCAAUGGCGUCAAACAGCACACAGUCGCUUCGCCCGCUGCGCGAUCCGUCACCUUUCCCACGCCCAAGCGCAAGAGUAGCCGCAUCAGCUUGCGUUUGCUUGGUGGUGGUAGCAGCAGUGCCAAGAGGCUAGUCGCAGCGGCCGCAAUGGAGAAGACACCGUGCCCUUGGACGAAAGGGUGCACAGACUGCAGAUCGCAUCAGCAAGCCGACGUUCCAGAAGUUCCGAAAAUCAAUUCGAAGAGCUACGGUCUGGCGUCGGCUCUCGGUAGUGGCAGCGUAGACAUUGUGCCCGACAGCUGGCUCGAGCUUUGCUGGGGAGAGAGCCACGACCGCUUCCCAUCCGAAGCUAAGCCUGGGAUGCCCACGCGACGUCAACAAUCGAUGCCUGCGAUGCCGUCCCACACCAAGGUGUCGCCACCCACGUCGCGAAAGUCCACCCUGCCUGCGGGCAGCCAAGCCUCGAUCCCAUUGGUGGCUUCCAUCAUUAAGCUUCCACUGGUUCCGAGCGCCUCGAUCAUUGGCGAGGCGAUUCUACGCCAUUCCCCAGAGGCGGAGCAGCCCAAGCAGCUGCCACUCGUCACCGAGAGCACCAAGACAAGCCCCAAGAUGAACGUGAUCAACACGCCUCAGAGCGCCCUUCCAACACCCCUGCCUGCGUGGGUCGCAGAUGUGGAUGCGUACCUCGCAAGCAUGACGCCCACCUGGGCUGGAAGGACUCCUGCCACUGCUCGAUCCCUCAAAAGCGCAUGCGCUUCGGCUGUCUCGGUGUGGAGCGUUUCGUCGGCCCUAUCAGCAUACCCUAACACUCCAGCUGUCCUUGCCUCGCGCUCUCCUUCGACCGUGGCUGCUCUGCUCAAGUCGUAUGGUGUCCCUGUACAGCUUGCCACUCCGAUUCAAGCCCAGGCAGUCCCACUUGCUCGACCACAAUCGGCAAUCUUUUCCCUGGGUGGAUCGCCAUUGAUGUCGGCGGUCACCGACUACUCCGUCGAUUCUGACGAUUCUGCAGAAGAUCACAGUCAUCAAGCUCCUACAGUCACCGUCACAGAAUGCGCUGCACACACAUUGUCGGCGGCUUCUGAUGGCGAGACCAAGAUAGGCAACGCCAUGCUUCAGGACGCGCCCAUCACGCCAUCUUCAUCCGAGGCUUCGCCACCGCGCUUCAUGAACGCCAAGAUGCGCACUGCGAGCGUCAGCUCUCACGGCAGCAGCAGGUCUGGCUCUUCCUACCGUGCGGACUCUAUAUUCUCGUCUGGAAGCAGCUACGCAGAUAGCGACGCAACCAAUUCCCCGAGAACCAGCAUAGAAAGUUCGUCGCCACCUGCCAAGACCUCCAAAGCGGCGCUCCUGAACGGCAGGCAGAUCACGAAGGCUGCCUCGACGCAAGUGAUCGACACCAAGGAGAUCGUGCCGCCUCUACCCACCACCGACGCGCAAACUGUCGCUGCUACCGUGUCGGCCAAGGCAACAGGUGCCACUAAGCCUAUACCACCGCCCAUCACCAUCGCAGCCAUCAAGCCCAUCGCGAUGGCAGAAGUAGAGACGAACUCCGCGGCUAGCAUUCCAGCACAAAGCUCCGACAGCGUCACGACCGAGUUCGGGGGAAGCGUUCGCGACUUUAUGGACGAGGACAAUGGUCUGGAGGACCAGUCUGCCUUUUCUGCAGUGUCCAUCUCUAGCGAAGAAUGGAGCGCAGACUUCAGCUCGGCAGCGGAGAACUUCGAGGAGGUUGACAUGGGAGACGUGUUCCCGCAGAUUCCAGAGCCGGCAGCUGUGAACAAGCACCAGAGGCUUUUGGUGGAAGUGGAGAGGCUGAACGCGGUCAAGAUGGACCGUGGACGCAAGUUUGGACACGCGCGUUCCAAAUCCUCUCCUGGCGCUUUUCAGGUCACUGCUCCCUUUGCCUUUGGACCUUCCCUCAUCGAGCCAGAGGUUUCGGUCGCUAGGCACCCGGGCGCAAAACCGUUCGCAGCUAGCGCAGCUGGUCGAGCGCUCGAGCUGAGCAGACUACAGCUGUCCAUCGAACAGCUGCAGAUGGAGAGUCUGAGCCUCAUGAACGCUUGA